CCCUCACUCUACACUCUCUCUGUGCUUUCUCCUUUCUUCUUCCUUCUGUCGUCCGUCUCGCUUAUUCGUCUGUCUUCUUCUUUCGUUCUUUCUCCGCCGCGAAAAAUCCCGCGUGGCUCUCCGCAGGCCUUGAGAAUUAGGGUUUUGUCGAAUUGAUCGAUUGUGAAGGGAUUGCAGUACUCCUACGUUUUACGAUGGCCACUCCGACGACUGCCGCUGCUUCUUGUUCUUCGUCGUUCCUAUCUCCGAGUACUGUCUCCAAGCGCCGCGUUUCACUUUCCGGACGCAGUUGCGGUCUCAAUUUGUGUUCUAGACGGAGUGUUCAGCUCAGCUACAGCUACAGGUCUCUCCGGCUCCGGACUCGAGUUCGAGCUGGCAAGGAAGAGAGUGCCGGCGCGGUGAUCGAGGAGAGGGAGCUGUUGAGGAAAUUGAACGGGAACGGAGCUGCUGGUGGUAGUGCAGGAAAGUACGGGGGUAACGGAUCGCUUAGUAAUGGAAGUUUGGUUGCGGUGGAGAGCGAGGUGAAUGGUGGGAGUAACGGUCGAUUGAACAAGUACGUGAAUGGGAAUGGCGGUGUUUCCGCGGCGGAGACGGCGGAGGACGGGAGGAAGAAGCGGAUUGAAGAGGUUGGGAAGGAAGAUGCGUGGUUUAAGCGCUCUGGUCCGGGGGAGGUUGAGGUUUCUGUUGCGCCCGGGGGAAGAUGGAAUAGGUUCAAAACCUAUUCCACCAUUCAAAGAACUGUGGAAAUUUGGGGAUCUGUCUUUACAUUCGUCUUCAAGGCUUGGUUGAACAGUCAGAAGUUUUCUUACAGAGGGGGGAUGACGGAGGAGAAGAAAGUUGUGAGGAGGAAGGCACUGGCUAAGUGGCUGAAGGAUACUAUACUCAGACUUGGUCCCACAUUCAUCAAAAUUGGCCAGCAGUUCUCCACAAGAGUGGACAUUCUCGCUCAAGAAUAUGUUGACCAAUUGUCAGAACUUCAGGAUCAAGUUCCUCCUUUCCCAUCUGAGACUGCUCUUUCUAUAGUCGAAGAAGAGCUUGGAGCACCUGUGGAGGAUGUCUUUGAGCGGUUUGAUUUCGAGCCAAUAGCGGCAGCAAGUCUUGGUCAGGUUCACCGUGCAAGACUCAAAGGACAGGAAGUAGUUAUUAAAGUACAACGGCCUGGUCUCAAGGAUCUUUUCGACAUUGAUCUCAAGAAUUUGAGGGUAAUAGCAGAAUAUCUUCAGAAGAUCGAUCCAAAGUCGGAUGGGGCAAAGAGAGAUUGGGUUGCAAUUUACGACGAGUGUGCAAGCGUACUGUAUCAGGAGAUUGAUUACACCAAGGAAGCUGAAAAUUCAGAGCUCUUUGCUAGUAAUUUCAAGGACAUGGAUUACGUAAAAGUGCCAAAUAUUUAUUGGGAAUACACCACACCUCAGGUACUAACAAUGGAGUACGUCCCUGGGAUUAAAAUAAAUAAAGUAGAGGCUUUAGAUAAGCUGGGUCUGGAUCGCAAAAGGUUGGGCCGGUAUGCUGUUGAAUCUUACUUGGAACAAAUUCUUUCUCAUGGCUUUUUCCACGCUGAUCCUCACCCAGGAAAUAUUGCCGUAGAUGAUGUCAAUGGCGGAAGACUGAUCUUUUAUGAUUUCGGAAUGAUGGGAAGUAUCAGUCCAAACAUCAGAGAAGGGUUGCUGGAAGUGUUUUAUGGAGUUUAUGAAAAGGAUGCAGAAAAGAUUCUUGAGGCAAUGGUCCAAAUGGGUGUCCUUGUGCCUACGGGAGAUAUGACAGCUGUCAGAAGAACUGCACAAUUUUUCCUUAACAGUUUCCAAGAACGUCUUGCUGCACAAAGACGGGAGAGGGAAAUGGCGACAGCAGAGCUUGGGUUUAAAAAGCCUUUAUCCAAGGAGGAAAAAUUGGCUAAAAAGAAAGAGCGUUUGGCGGCAAUAGGGGAAGAUUUAUUAUCCAUCGCUGGAGAUCAACCUUUCCGAUUCCCUGCCACUUUCACAUUUGUUGUAAGAGCAUUUUCAGUAUUGGAUGGGAUUGGAAAAGGCCUCGACCCUCGUUUCGACAUUACAGAAAUCGCCAAACCCUAUGCGCUAGAGCUGUUGAAGUUCCGGGAAGCUGGGGUUGAAGUAGCGGUGAAGGACCUCAGAAACAGAUGGGAUAGGCAGUCCCGUGCGUUCUACAACUUGUUUAGGCAGGCCGACAGAGUUGAAAAGCUUGCAGAAACUAUCCAACGAUUGGAGCAAGGUGAUUUGAAGCUUCGAGUUCGAACACUGGAAGCUGAGAGGGCUUUCCAGCGCGUUGCUGCUGUUCAAACUACAGUGGGAAGUGCUGUAGCUGCAGGAAGUCUAGUUAACCUUGCAACAAUUUUGUAUUUCAAUGCUAUGAGAGUACCAGCUACGAUGGCAUAUGCUGUAUGCGCCUUUUUUAGCUUAAAAGUUCUGAUAGGAAUUGUAAAGGUGAAGAAGUUAGACCAACGAGAACGAUUAAUUACAGGCACUGCUUAAAUUGAUGUGCGAAUGUUGGAAGGAUGGCCAAUUUUUGAGCGUGACGAUUCUGCAGUGGGGUGAACCUGCCCACCAUUUUCAAGCCAUGAUCCGCAGGACAGUACCCCCUGUCAACAGUGAGCAGUUUUUGCUUCCGUAGCUGGAUACCAUGGUUUGGCAAAUGGCAAAGCAGCAUCUUGCUGGGCACCAGAUCACUGUUGCUAGUUGCUCCACAUCUCUUACUACGGAUGGGCUAAUUGUUGUCUCGUUAAAGGAAAAGCAAGGCCUUCAAUAGUCCACGAGCCCAAUUCUCCGGCAAGCCUGCCCCAGCCAGGAAGCCCAGCCCAAAUUUCUUAACGGGAAAACAGUAGCCAGUUUGCCGCCGGCCCAUCAUCCACUUCCGUCGCCAAGGGGAUCGUCUUCUUUCCGAAAUAAAACAGCACCGCUACUCUUGUUCAAUUCCCUUCGCGGUUCCUUCGACCGUACUGAUCGCCAGACCUCUCCUCCUCGCUUUCCCGUCCGUUCAUUCUACUUGCCUUCUCCGGCAACUCUUCUCCUCCUUCUUUUCUCAGUUUCUCCGUUCCUUCGUCAGCUCAUAGUUACACUCUUCACGGCGAUUCUUCUGAUUCUGAUUCUGGUCCUGGGAAGUGGGAAGUUCAUCUCCAAUUCUCGUAGCUCUUUGUUUCUUCAAAAUUCCCUGGGAAUCCUUCGCGUUUGGGUUGCUGAGGAAACAAGAAUCGAAUGAUUGCAUUCGGAAAUUGCUAGCUUCUGUAUUCUUACGCUGGACUGAAACUUGACUUAGUGAGUGUGAGUGACUGCGGAGGAAAUGGGGUUUGAAGAGUUCGAACCCAUUUAUUGCGAACCGAAAGCAGAAUGGGGGAAGAGCUCCGACUUCGGACGUUCUGCCGCUCCUCUCCGGAGAUUCAUGAUGCAUGUUUUUGCUCCAGACUACUACCACCUCAAGAUUCAAGCAACCGAUUACAGCUCGAACACUUUUGAAGCUAAUAAGUCCAUUACGCAGCUGGAAGACUUGCAAGAUAGCAUUGGAAUUGGUGGCUCAUGGUCUGAGUUUGUGGACUACUUUAUAUCUUCACUUGAAUCUGAAGAUGUCAAGCUUGUGCUGGAGAAGCAUUCGGGUGGUGAUGGUGCUGCAUCGGCAAGAUUGGUUUCUCAGAAAACAAAAGGAAUGCCUUUGAUCUCCAUUUCUCUCAGGAGAGUUUUGGACUGUGAUGCAAAGGAUGUCAUGGCAGAUAUCUCUUUUGGCCUCUUCAAGACGCUCAAGUGUCCUCCAAAGAUGACGAGACAAGGGGAAGGGUAUUCUUCGCAGUUGAUGAAAGGAGUAUCAGCAAAAGAACCAACUCAAGAGCCAAUUGGAAAAGAGGCAGAAACUGGGAAAUGUGGAUGCUUUCAACAAAGAAGGUGUUUCCAGCAAUGGCUCACAUAAUUCGCCAGACAAGCAACCAGCUCGAGAUACUGCAGCACCAAAGAAAGUUAUCAAUCGCGUUGUGCCAGCACAUCGCAGGACAAGAGUAAGGGGUGCUCUUAUAGGCGAUGCUGAAGAUGACAACGAAGAAAGUUAAAAUAGCAACCAGAGGAUUAAAAGAGUAAUAACUCCUAACUAAAUUGUAUCAAACACCUGCAGAUUUUGAAUGUUAGUUUUUGUAAAAAAAAAAAAAAACAAAUUCUUGGAUUAAAGGCUACAUACAUUGUAGGCGUCCGAUGUCCCUAGUCGAUCCAAAUUGUCCCAGCGGCCAACUGAAAGUGACUAUUUGGAGGGGUUAAGGCCAGCUGAUUUGCUGGAGUUUCUGGAACUUUAAAAUGAGAAUGUGUUGUGUCACUUCGAGUGGUUAUGUUAUGUAUGGUUAUAAAGAUUAUGAGACUGCUGGUACUUAGUUGAAGGGAUUAAUGGGAUAAUGUUAUCUGAUUUAGGUAGUCCGAAGGCUUUGGGAAAUGCCUUUUUGUUAGUCUAAUUAAAUUUGGUUUAAUUUAAAGAUUGUUGCUUAAUUGCUUUAUUAUUUAGACUUGUUAUGCACUGAUUCUAUAUGAAUGCUCACUUUUUCUUAAAAGUGACUAGUUGAGAUUUUGGCUUCUAAACAAAGAUACUGGAUACUGAAAAUAUAGGAAAACUGAGUAGAAAAUUUUCCAUUUCAAUACUGAAUAAAAGACUUGGGAGUUCGGUAUUUCCUUUUUGGUGUUAUUUUGAAGACUGGCUCCUAGCUUUGGGUUAAAGCCUGUUUCUUUAUGUAGAGGUUUCAGUUUUGGCAUUAAUGGAAGGAUACACUGAUGAAUUUGCUGUCGAAAAGAACUCAAAAGCUCAUUUUCCUUUGUUUCAUUAUACACCCACUAUAAUGAAGUUAUUGCCCCUUGGGUAAAAGGGAGUAAAGCCGAAAAACAGAAAAAGUGAUGGUGGUAAAAAGUGAGGGUAAAAAUUAAGCAUCCUAAAAUGGCUAAAUUACAAGCUAAGGAUGCAGCACAAACCUCUUACCCAAACAGUUCCUUUAACCAUUGUCAGCAAAGAGAAAGAGAGAGCAAGUAGCUCCUCAACUGCACCAGGCAGGUUUGUGCUAGAAAACCAAGCUUUCUCUGUCUUUCCUCUAGCAAGUUUUCUCCUUCUCCUUUCCCUUCUCCAAACCCUACACAAGCUACAAGUGUUUAUCCUCCAGAGUUUGAGAUCUCGGCUGCCUGAAAACCAACCUCAACCAUGGCCUAUUUCCUGAAGCAUCUCACUGAGGAGACAAUGGCACUCAAGAAACUGCUGAUUCCACCAGAGUUCAUUAGUAACUGCGGGAGGGCAAAUUUGACCAACCCGGUAGUUCUGGAACCAACUGUUGGAGAUCCACCACAGGUGGAGGUGGAGCUCUACGAGGAUGCCAGGGGUUUUUGGCUGAGAAAUGGCUGGCAGGAGUUUGCAGAUCGCAAUUCUCUCACUCAUGGACACUAUGUGUUGUUCGAGUACAAAAGCUUCUCCAGGUUCAAGCUUGUGAUGUUUGGAGCAAAUGGGGUGGACGUGAUGUGUCCAGCUUCCAGCUUCCACAAUGUGGGCUCGAAUCGAAACCUGGAGUUUAGAGAGGCUGAGCAGGACGAAGAGGCCAGGGGCUCACCUGUGGCUGGAAGUGGUGGGGGGCAGCCAGCCCGGCCGCGGUUUGCAGAGAAUGCCAAGCAAAAAGCUUUCAUGGCUACUAGGAAGGGGAGAACUGCUGAUGGUGGACAGAGUGGUAAGAGGAACCAGUUUGGUAAGGAUAAGGCUGAGACCUCACGCAUUCCAGCCAAGGCUGAACAUGUUGAAGGAAUGCCAGAGCCAGGGAGGGGAAAUACCUCCACAAGCUCGAUCAGUCCAAGCUUCUUCAUUACCAUAAACCAGACUAACAUGAAUGAUCGCUAUGCGAAUCUGCCGACUGGUUUCGUGUUCAAACAUAUGAAGCUCGAGAAAAGCACUGGGAUGGUUUACAGUGAUGAUGGGACGGGCGCAUGGCUCUUGUCCUUUGUCUUCAACCAACGAAGUAAAAGCGAACGGGGACCUGGACGUGGACUGGGCCGCUUCGCUGGUGGUUGGCCAGCAUUCCGUAAUGACAACUCUCUGAAACCAGGGGAUGUCUGCCGAUUCAAGCUCAUCUCCCGUGAUGAGAUGGAAGUGACGAUCGAGAGGAAUUGAGUUAGUUUUUCGGACCUCUAGAAUGAAAGCUUGGUUGUGUUAUUCGUCACCCUUUUUGAGUUCGUGAAAUUUCCAUGAUUUUGUUUCUGGAUAGAACUCUCUGCAAUACGAUGCAGUGCACUCCGCAUCUAUAUCUUCCCUGUAAUCAGCAUUGUCCUGAACCUGGUUUGCAUUCUGCAGGUGUGCAAGCAAACUUCCAUAGCACAAUCGAUAUAUAUAUAUUUGCGAAUUAGUAACGAUAUUGCUAUACCAGGUUCACAUUUGCAGGAUUAAAAUCAUUUCGAAACGAGUCUGAAUGAUCGAAAUGAUUCUGAAACUAGUUUAGAAACUAUAGCCAGCCCUCGAUCUUCCCUUAAGCUAGUCCCGGUACGAGAAAGCAAGCUUGUUGGCGCCGUUCAGCCCAAUCAGGAAGAACUG